ACACAGUGUAACACAGUGUAAGAUCAAACAGUGCUCAUAGGAGAAUGUCUAGUCAGUCAAUGCAUCAAUCUGGAAUAAUCACUUAGCUUUAAAACGACAUCGCUGAACGAUGUUAAAGAAGUCUCGGCUAGACCUCUAGAAGUAAAAAGCUCUUGAAGUGUCCGCUUAUUGAAGGUUUUGUGCAACAAAAUGGCUUAAUAUUGGUGUCCGCGUCCGCUAAACAGAGGUGUCCGCUGAACGCAGGUUAGUUUUACAGUAAAUAUGGGAGUGUGGGAAAAAAUUUUGGGACUCUAGCUGGUGUUCACUUAAUAGAGGGUGUCCGCUUAAUGCAGGUUUCACUGUAUUCCUUGAUGAAUCCACCUAAAAUGAAUAAUAAAAGCAAUCAUUUGUCUCUCAAAGCAUAUUAAUAGAAAACUAUGCUUAAAGGGAGAAUCUUUGUUUACAAUACUUGGCCAUUAGCAUAAACGAUAAAUUUUCUGAUGGUGCGAGAAAAACAUUAGUCCUGAAUAUUGAAAGGGUAUUGCAUGAUUAACUGUCCCAAGGAAUUUGAACCAGAUAUAUUGAAUACUUUUUGUUCCAUGCGGUUUUAAAAACUCGAAAUGUUUCUGUAUGAGCCAUUAGCGCUUUUGCCACUCAGAAAUUCUGCGGGUUUUGAAAACCAAUUUCUCCUCGAAUAUUUCACCAAAAGAGCCAAAACUUUCACCAAUUAUUAAGUUUUACAAGGUCUUUUAACAUUUGUAUUCUAUUGGUGUUUAGCAUGAUGCCUUCUCUAGUCAAAGUCUUAUGCUAUUGAGGAAAAAUGUAAACAGUGACGUUAGCGAAGAUUCAGCUCUUGUACGCAUAGCCCAAGGGGAGCUUUAUCAAUAUAGUAGGAAUUUGCAUAACAGAGCAAGGAUAUUGAACAAUUGUGGAUGUUUAAUUUAACUCUGAAUUUUGCUCUCUAUCGAAUAUUCCAAUGUCUAUCGAAUAUUCCAAUGUCAGAGUUUAAGGGAGAGUCCAGAGAGUGGACUAAAAUUCAGUCUCGUCUCAGCAUGGCAUCAAAAAUCAGACGUCCUUUAAAGGAAAGUCGGAGUGUUACUUCGUAGCCAUUGAUUGCCUACCACACAUAUUAAAUAUACUAAAAGGGUUUUAUGUUUAUAUUUGUAUUGAGAAACUAAAGAUGUUGUUGUUGCGGAUUGUGUUGUGAUAUAGAUAUACCAUAUUUGACUAAACCUAUUUCUCUUUGUAUCACUCAAGAGCAAAAUAACGAGAAACACUAAUAGUUUGGCAAAUAUAAACUUAGCACAUAACACAUUUGAGUCAUGCAGCGACGCCGGAAGCCAAAUACAUAUAAACGGAAAAACGUGAGAAAACAACUAGGAGAUAGAAUGUAAAAAUAUUGCGGGUGAAACCAAGAGACCAUGAUUUAGGUCGACCUCUCUCGCAAACACACAACAACAGAAGCAACGUGACAAGCAUGAAGAUGGCGCUACAGCGUUCGACAAAAAUAGCAACCAAUAAGACACGAGUUGCUGGGAGGAGUCAGUAACGAGACACAAUAUAUUGGAGCUGCAAUAAUCGAUCUAUGCAAAUCCUUGUUCUUCCAAAAGCUGACCGUAAUGCAGGCUAAAGAAACUGAGUUGUUCCGAACUUUCUCGUACGAAGAAGAGCUUCAAAAAGCCAAGUGGUUCAAAGAAGACUUGGAGAAAGGUGACGGCUGGACUGAAGCGGCUACGGGCCCUGGCUACACUUACUGGAUUAAAACCAUAUACGAUGACGAAGUUCCUAUUAAGAUAGUUUACACGGUUGAUAUGCCAUUCCCUGCCAAGGUAUUCCUACAGUUGUUAGACCCCAAAAAUCUAAAAGCUCGUAAUGAUUGGGACAAAGCUUUUGUGGAGCAUGAGAUAGUGGAAAGCUACCCUGACGGUGGAGGAUAUGUGACAUACAUGCGGGCACUUUUAUCUUGCCCAUUGGUGGAUCGAUCAUUCGUGUUGUUUCUUCCACCGAGUAGAGAGGUUGACUGGUAUGGAAAGAAGGCGUAUUUCUUACUGAUCAAACACGGGUGGCACCCAGCGAAACCCGAAGGAGAAGAUGGCCUUGUUCGAGCGACAAAUGGCGGCAAUUUCUACGUGGUCAUGCCGGACGAGCAGAAACCUGACGAAGCGUGUCGAGUGUUUGGACUAACAAACAACCUCUACAACGGAUGGAUUCCUGAUACUUAUAUGGAAUGGAUGCAGAAAAGAGUUGUACCGAAAAAAUUCAACGAAUGGCGAGAAAAUAUGGUGGAAGGGUAUAAAAAGUACUUUAAGAACUGAUAACGUUGAAGCGGAAUCGAGAUAGCGUUUCAUUUAUCACAGUAGUCGUUUCAGACCAUGACAGCGCACUUGUAAAAGGGUUUGCUGAAGUGUUUUCAACAGUGUACAAUAUAAAACUGAAGACGUCAAAGCUGCCAUAUUGAUGUUACGAAUGAAGGACAUUUCUGGACCAUGGGCUCUUUUCCUAAGUGAAAUUUCGUAUUGUUUGGGUGCAAUAUAGCCGCCAUGUGAAUGCCCCAUUUUGUAUGCAACAUAUGUAAAACAGAAACUGCUUUUAAAUCGAGAAGUAAGUCCAGGUGUUUGAAAACAAUCUUAUUUUGGGAUGAGUGAUCUAUCUUCUCUAUUGAAACUUGAGGAGACAACGGAGAAAUCAAAUCGCAAUUAUCAAUAUAUCAAUUUUUAUAUAGCCGGUUAACCAUCAUCAUACUUUAUGGUUCUUGACUUGAGGGCUUGAGUGCUUAAGUGGACUGUUAAACGGAAUGUGACCGCCAUGUUAGUCCUUAUUUAUUGUUUAGAAGUAGGUGGAACAGGAAUUCUGAAUGUCAUUUUAUUGUUUAGGAUAAUUAUUACAAAUUUUUCUUGUAUGUUAUAACUAACCAUACUGUGUUAUAAACACAGAGAUUAGUAAGUUGUUGUCUUUUUGACUUAUUUGUACUUCUGUUUAUCCCCAAACCGCUAGAUUUAAAUAUUCCUUGAUGAAUCCACCCAAAAUAAAUAGCAAAGGGAAAUUAUUUGUCUCUCUAUACGUAAAGCCCAAGGGGAACUCUGUCAAUAUAGUUAGAAAUUUGCAUAACAAAGCAAGGCUAUUGUAGAUGUUUAAUUUAACCCUAAAUUUUGUUCGCUAACAAACGCGAUAUUCCAAUGUCUGAGUUAAAGCGAGAGCUCAGAGAGAGGACUCAAAUUCAGUCUCGACUCAGCAUGGCAUCAAAAAUCAGACGUCCUUUAAAGGAAAGCCGGAGUGUUAACUUUGUAGCCAUUAAUUACCUACUGCAUAUAUUAAAUAACCUAAAACAUAGACAUGAUGAUAGUUGCGAAUGCAACCCAUAACACUACUGGAAAAAAAGACCUGAAAACAAUUUCAGGCUUUGAACGGGAUUUGAACCCACAACCUUUGCGAUACCGACGCAAUGCUCUCCCAACUAAGCUAUCAAAGCCCAAUGAAAGCGGUCACAAACCGUUCGGAACUUUUUCACAUUUGUGACCUCUCACGCGAAAACGUUCCUUAACGGUUCGCGACUGCUCUCAUGUAGCUUUGAUAGCUCAGUUGGGAGAGCAUUGCACCGGUAUCGCAGUCGUAGGUUCAGUCGAAUCCCGUUC